CUCUACACUCCCGGUCCAUGAGGAAGAGAGGCGUCACCUCCCCGCGCGUGUCUGAGUCGGAGAGUAUAGAAGGGGGAACUUCCAUUGAAGCAAAUGAGUCCAGGAAACUGUCACAGACUGGAACUGACUCUGACACUGGCUGGAGCCCUCCACCCAUGCCUCUUCAUCCCAUAAUCAAUGAAGACAACUCGCUCAGUUUAGAACCUGCUGGCAGUGGAUCUCCUGAGGAAGAAGAAAAGGAACCUGUUUUUAGUAGCGAAUCUGAAGCCCAGGUUUCUGAAAGGGCAGCUGCUUGUUCUGAGAGUCCUGUGUUUGGUUCACCAUCUGAUGCAUCUAGAAGAGUUCAAUUUCAGAUUGGUGACACAAAAUCAGUAAUAGAAGGAGCCCUGGAAGAUGAGGAAAUAACAGCAGCAGAAGAGGCAGAAAGAAAGGAUUCAGUAACAGAAGACCCUGUAAGUGUAGAAUCAGAUGAGAAGAAGAAACAGAAGAGGAAACAUCUCCGGCAUCACUACCAUCGGCGCAAGUACAGUCUUCAGGAUGAUGGUCGCGUUCGUGCAGGUUCCGAUUUCUCUGUUGGAAGUACCCGUCGUGUCAGCAUUCAACCGGAGGAAGUCUGCAUGCUGCAGGAGCAAGAUAUUGAUGAUCUGACAAGUCAUCGAUGUGAUGAUGCAAAAGGCUUGCGUCGCUACAAGAUCCAAUCCAAAAAUUCAUCAUCAUCGGUGAUCCACAUUGGGAGGAAGGAUGGAGUGGAUCCCCUACAGACAGUCCUGCCACUCCAUACACUCAAGAAGAUGUUUGACCACAGCCCACAUGAAGUGUUUGUUCAGUUAGAUGAGUUGCAUGGGGAUGGAGAUGAAAGGGAGUGGAAAGAAACUGCUCGCUGGAUCAAGUAUGAAGAAGACGUAGAAGAAGGUGCAGACAGAUGGGGUCGUCCUCAUGUCGCUUCCCUGAGUUUUCACUCGCUGCUUAACCUCCGUCGCUGUUUGGAGACAGGUGUGGUACUGCUGGAUUUAGAGGAGAAGGAUUUGCCAGGAGUGGCUUAUCGAGUGGUAGAGCAGAUGGUGGUGGAUGAACUCAUUGAACCUGAAGACAAACCCACGAUAAUGCGAGCUUUGCUGCUGAGACAUCGACAUGUAAAUGAACAUGAUCGCUUCCGGUUUGGUACGAGGAGAACUUUCUCAAGUUACACUAGUCUCCAGUCAUUGUCGUUGAUGGACGUGGACGAAGAUACCAGCGGAUACCUUGAGUUCAUCGGAGAGUUUAAAUCAUUGAGCAGUAAUUUGGCAGAAGAUAAAGGCAAACCCAAGAUCGUUCCAUCAAUUGCAAGUAUCGAGACUGUUUCCUCUGUGAAGUCACCACCGCCAAUUAACAACCAUUCUGGUCACGGUGAAUUUGAAACCAAACCUGAAAAUCAUAUUAUUGAUGUGAAGGAGGAGCUUACAUACACAUCGUCCAAUGAGGAUCUGAAAAAGGCAGCAAAGGAGAGCAUUCUAAAAAGGAUACCAUUGGGUGCUGAAGCUACCACAGUACUUGUGGGUGCUGUGGAUUUCCUGGAGCAGCCGACCAUUGCAUUUGUUCGUCUGGCAGAGGGUAUUCUUAUGCCUUCCAUUACAGAGGUUACCAUCCCUGUGAGGUUUCUGUUCAUUCUGUUGGGACCAACUACUACUAACUUGGAUUACCAUGAAAUUGGUAGAUCCAUUUCUACACUCAUGUCAAAUACACAAUUCCACAAAGUUGCAUACAAAGCUGAUGAACGGAAAGAGCUGCUGUCAGCUAUCAAUGAGUUCUUAGAUGACAGCAUCGUUUUGCCACCUGGUGACUGGGAGAGGAAGGCAUUACUUCCCUUUGGUGAACUGAAGGCAAAAAGUGAGAUGAUUCGUCGGAGGAAGACUACACGUCUCUUGGAAGUUGAUGAGAUGCAGAAAGCUCUGUUGCUGCUGGAGGCAGGUGACGAGAAGCCACCACAAGAUGAUCCUUUGAGAAGAACGAAGGUACCAUUUGGCGGUCUGGUGAAUGAUGUGAAGCGAAGGUUUCCAUAUUACAAAUCAGAUAUUACAGAAGGAUUCAACUUGCAGUGCCUAGCAGCGGCCAUAUUUAUGUACUUCGCAGCUCUCUCAGGAGCUAUUACGUUUGGUGGUCUCAUGGGAGACAAGACUAACAAUCUAAUCGGCAUAUCGGAAACACUCGUAUCAACAUCGGCCGCAGGCAUCUUCUUCGCGUUACUGGCUGGCCAGCCUCUGAUCAUCAUAGGAGCUACUGGUCCAUUGCUUCUGUUUGAUGAGAGUCUGUACAAUUUCUGUUUGACAAAUGGCCUUGAUUUUCUCACGGUACGUGUAUAUAUAGGCAUUUGGCUGGGAAUUAUUGGCCUGGUGGUUGUAUGUUUUGAGGGUAGUGUCCUGGUGAAACUGUUCACUCGCUUCACAGAAGAGAUCUUUGCAGCCCUUAUUUCCAUUCUGUACAUUGUCGAGAGUAUCAUAAAAUUGUUUGUGGUAUUCCACGAGCAUCCACUGGUAUCGGAUUAUUGCUCGGAUUCUUUCAUGUAUAAUGACACGAUGACGAACAAUGCAAGUUACCAGAAGAAUGGGACACAUGAAUUAAAUGGCUCUGGAAUCUACAGUAGCAAUAUUGAAUCAUUAUCAUCAGUUAUUAAUGACAAUUAUAGUGACUUCAGGCUUGCCCAGAAUAAUACUUCAAGAAGGCCAUCAAUUUCAUCUUACGAAGUCCAAGAAAAUCAUGAAAUCUUUCAAAGACAGCCGAAUACAGCACUGCUUUGUCUCAUUUUGGCUCUUGGAACAUUCUUCAUAGCGUACUAUUUGAGACGAUUCCGAAAUAGCAAGUUUCUUGGCAGAAAUGCUCGGCGAGCAUUGGGCGACUUUGGUGUGCCAAUUGCCAUCAUCACAAUGGUGACUUUGGACUAUCUGGUACCUGAGACAUAUACAGAAAAACUACAGGUGCCUGAAGGUUUGACCCCUUCAAGUCCAGAGGAACGAGGCUGGAUUAUAUCUCCAGUUGUGACUCAUGUGUGGCUUAUUUUUGCUGCAUCCGCGCCAGCUCUCUUGGUCUACAUCCUGCUCUUCAUGGAGACACACAUCUGCGAGUUGAUUGUCAAUAAAAAGGACCGUAAACUGAAGAAAGGAUCUGGCUUUCAUCUUGACAUCGUGAUAGUGUGCAUUGCAAAUGUUGGCUGUGGACUGAUAGGUGCACCGUGGCAAUGUGCUGCCACAGUUCGAUCUAUUGCGCAUGUUUCGGCAGUCACGGUUAUGUCACGCACGCACGCACCGGGUGAAAAGCCUCACAUCAUUGAGGUGAAAGAGCAACGUCUAAGUGCCCUCUUGGUUUCUGUGUUUGUGGGUGUUUCGGUUCUUAUGGCACCCCUGCUUCGUUUGGUACCAAUGUCUGUUUUGUUUGGAGUAUUCCUCUACAUGGGUAUUUCAUCGACAAAUGGAAUUCAGUUCUUUGAGCGGCUGAAGUUGUUCUUCAUGCCUGUAAAACACCACCCACAGGUUGCCUAUGUUAGAACGGUACAUUCAAUGAAAAUGCAUCUUUUCACACUAAUUCAACUCCUGUGUCUUGCGGUGCUGUGGGUAGUGAAGUCAACAGAAGCAUCUCUAGCUUUUCCUUUCUUUCUUAUCCUGAUGGUCCCACUUCGAGCACAACUUCGCUGGACAGCGAAGAGGCAGAUUCAGAUAGUCUGGAAGAUGAACCAGAUUUCUAUACAGAAGCACCACUGCCAGGUUAAAUGA